CUCCCCCUCUCAUUACAUAUCUGCUUGCUCACUUCACUGACCGUUUUGACAAAAAACACGCAACUCAUUCGUUUACUCGCAUUUUCCCUCUCUCCAAACACACUAACUUCAAAUUUUCGUUUCCAUUUUCUGGUCGUUUCGUUUUUUCGAAGAAUUGCUUGUAAAAUUUGUUGAAGAGAAGUGAUUCUGUGAGAGUGUUUGGUUUUGGAAGAUAACACAUGGAUAUAGCUUUUAGCUUAUCACGGUCCCGUGUAGUAUUGGAUGGUUUUGAUUCUUGCAAUAUGUUUGGAGGGGGAGGUUUUGGUUGUGCUUUUCUUGGCAACUCGAGGACUAUUCUGAAAGCUCGUUUUAGUGGUAUGAACAAGAUAGGUAGUAGGAGUAAUUCAAGAGUGGUAUGUGUUGGAGAAUUCAAAGUUUCAAAUGGGAUGAGGAGUUUGUCAUGGAAGAAUAAUAAAAUUUGUAGGGGAAGUAGGGAAAUUUGGUUUAAGUGUCAGGGGAAUGAUUCUUUAGCAUAUGUCAAUGGCAAUGGACGGAAUGUUGAUGAUGUGAAAGGUGCAGAUGGGGACUCUGAUUUGAGGUCCAUUUCCAGUGCUGAAUUGAGUGAACCUUUUGGAGAAGAAAAAGAAGGGCAAGGAGGGAGGAAAGAAUUAGAGGUAGAGGUACAAAAUGUGGAUGAAUUGAAAGAACUGUUGCAGAAGGCCAUAAAAGAACUAGAAGCUGCUCGAGUAAACAGUAUUGUGUUUGAGGAAAAGGUUAAAAAGAUAGCAGAGACUGCUAUUUUUUUGCAGGAUGAAGCUGCAAGUGCUUGGAACAAUGUUACUUCUACCCUUGAUACCAUCCAAGAUAUUGUGGGUCAAGAAUUUGUUGUCAAAGAAGCUGUUCAGAAAGCAACAAUGGCUCUUUCUCUGGCUGAGGCAAGGCUUCAAGUAGCCAUAGAAUCUCUGGAGGUUGUGAAAGAAGUUUAUGAUUCCCCACAAGGUUCUGACAAGAGAAAUGGUGAUAAGGAUAUAACACAAGAGAAGAAAGAACUUUUGGUUGCCCAGGAAGAUAUCAGGGAGUGUCAGACAAAUUUAGCAAAUUGUGAGGCUGAGCUGAGGUGCUUACAAAGUAGAAAGGAGGAGUUGCAGAAUGAAGUGAAUCAAUUGCAUGAAAUUGCAGAACAGGCCCAGCUGAAAGCAGGGAAAGCGGAAGAAGAUGUCACAAACAUAAUGUUUUUGGCAGAGCAAGCUGUUGCCGUUGAACUUGAGGCUGCACAACAUGUGAAUGAUGCAGAAAUUGCAUUACUGAAAGCAGACAAGUCUGCAUCUAGUUUUAAUUCUGAUACCAAAGACACUCUACAAGUACAAGAUGUUGUGGCCAUUCCUGAGGAGGAGAAUGUGGUUCAAAGUUUUUCUAGUGAUAAUGCUGAUAAAAGAGAGGUUGAUUUCUCUAUUGGUGAUGAACCUUUGCUUGCCAUGCGAUCACCAGAAACACAAUCCGAUAAAAGCAGCCAAAGUAUAGAAGACAUGAUGCAGUCUGAUUAUCUGAGUGAUCAUGAGAAUGGACAGUUAAACCUAGACUCUUCUAGAGAAACUGAAGUCGAAAAAGACAAGUCAAAAAUUGUAGUUCAAACAAAAAAGCAGGAAACACAGAAAGAUUUGAGUAGAGAUAAUUCACCAAUUGCUCCCAAGACAUUAUUGAAGAAGUCUUCCCGAUUUUUUCCAGCAUCAUUCUUCUCUUUUACUGCAGAUGAGACUGAAUACAAACCAGCAUCAGUUUUCCAUGGUCUUGUGGAGUCUGCACAGAAGCAGUUAGCCAAGCUGGUUCUUGGGUUACUGUUAAUUGGAGCAGGGGUUGCGUUCUAUGCCAAUAGAGCAGAGAGGAGUGCUCAACUACUUCAGCAGCCAGAAGUCAUUGCAACCACUGUUGAAGAAGUUUCUUCAAGUGCAAAGCCUCUGGUUAGACAAUUUCAGGAGCUUCCUUGGAGAAUUAAGAAAAUUAUCACAUCAUUACCUGAUCAAGAGGUAAAUGAGGAGGAAGCCUCCCUCUUUGACAUGCUCUGGUUACUACUUGCAAGUGUUGUAUUUGUCCCGAUAUUUCAAAAGAUUCCUGGAGGGAGUCCUGUUCUUGGCUACUUGGCUGCUGGUAUCUUGAUUGGGCCUUAUGGUCUCUCCAUCAUUCGUCAUGUUCAUGGGACAAAAGCAAUAGCUGAGUUUGGAGUUGUUUUCUUGUUAUUCAAUAUUGGCCUAGAGCUCUCUGUUGAAAGGCUUAGUUCAAUGAAGAAAUAUGUCUUUGGAUUAGGCUCUGCUCAGGUUUUGGUGACUGCUGUAGUUGUUGGCUUAGUGGCUCAUUAUAUUUGUGGCCAAGCUGGUCCUGCUGCUAUUGUCAUUGGGAAUGGCCUGGCAUUAUCAUCAACUGCUGUUGUUCUGCAGGUGUUACAGGAGAGAGGGGAGAGCACAUCACGGCAUGGAAGAGCUACAUUUUCUGUUUUGCUCUUUCAGGAUUUGGCUGUUGUUGUCUUGCUAAUACUCAUACCUCUUAUUUCACCUAAUUCUUCCAAAGGAGGGGUUGGUUUUCAAGCCAUUGCUGAAGCUCUUGGUAUGGCAGCUGUUAAGGCAGCGGUUGCCAUCACAGCCAUAAUUGCAGGUGGACGAUUGCUCCUUCGACCCAUAUAUAAGCAGAUUGCUGAAAAUCAAAAUGCAGAAAUAUUUUCUGCCAAUACCCUCUUUGUUAUUCUUGGGACUAGCCUUCUCACAGCCAGGGCUGGACUUUCCAUGGCACUGGGGGCAUUUUUGGCUGGUUUACUACUGGCAGAAACUGAAUUUUCCUUACAGGUUGAAUCUGAUAUUGCUCCAUAUCGUGGCCUUCUACUGGGUGUCUUCUUUAUGACGGUUGGAAUGUCAAUUGAUCCAAAACUUUUUGUUUCAAACUUUCCAGUCGUUACAGGGACACUGGGACUCUUAAUAUGUGGCAAGACUUUGUUGGUUACUUUGAUUGGCAGAAUUUUUGGUAUUUCUCUCAUUUCUGCCAUUAGGGUUGGUCUUCUUCUUGCUCCUGGGGGAGAGUUUGCGUUUGUGGCUUUUGGUGAAGCUGUUAAUCAGGGCAUAAUGUCUUCCCAGUUGUCCUCUUUGCUGUUUCUUGUUGUGGGAAUUUCAAUGGCCCUCACUCCAUGGCUAGCUGCAGGAGGCCAGCUACUUGCUUCCCGCUUUGAGCUGCAUGAUGUUCGAAGUUUAUUACCUGUAGAAAGUGAGACAGACGAUUUGCGAGAUCAUAUCAUUAUUUGUGGAUUUGGGCGAGUUGGGCAGAUCAUUGCACAACUUCUUUCUGAGCAACUUAUUCCUUUUGUUGCACUAGACGUGAGAAGUGAUAGAGUGGCAAUUGGGCGCUCCCUGGAUCUCCCUGUGUACUUUGGAGAUGCUGGUAGUCGAGAGGUCUUACAUAAGGUUGGGGCUGAAAGGGCAAGUGCUGCUGCAGUAACUUUAGAUUCGCCCGGAGCGAAUUAUAGAACAGUAUGGGCUCUGAGCAAGCACUUCCCAAAUGUGAAGACUUUUGUUCGUGCACAUGAUGUUGAUCAUGGAUUGAAUUUAGAGAAGGCUGGAGCUACCGCUGUUGUCCCAGAGACAUUGGAACCAAGUCUUCAACUAGCAGCUGCCGUGCUUGCUCAGGCUAAACUUCCUACGUCGGAGAUUGCAGCAACUAUAAACGAGUUCAGAUCCCGCCAUCUGGCUGAGCUCACAGAACUAUCUGAAACAAGCGGAAGUUCUUUUGGAUAUGGAUAUAACAGAGUUAUGAGCAGACCCAAAUCUCAAACCAUAGAUUCAUCAGAUGAUACCCAAUUCUCUGGAGGGAAACUGGCGACAUGAAGAUUUACCCCAUAUAGAAAACGUGGAAGGGUAAAAGAAAAUGGAAAAAUUCAGAAAAAUUAUAAUUGUAAAAAAUUGUAUAGCAGCAGAGUAGAUGUUCCACAGUCGUGUAUAUUGUACAGAAAUAUAUCUGCAUUGAAGAUGCAAUCAUUAUUUUAUUUUUCUUGUCAGAAAUUUUGGUUCAUCAUCCUUUCUCAAAUUUCUACUAAGGAUGAUAUAUCCCGUUUGUAGAUGGCAUUGAUAUUGUUUCAUAUUCUUCGAUUCCGCUCCCAAAAGCAUUUAUAAGAUGCCCUCGUAUUUCUGUUGUUUAUCAAGAGUAUAGCAGUUCC